AUGAAAGUUUCAUUAUUUACUAUGAUGAUGGGAGUGGUGAAUUGUUUAAGGGCACCAAGUCAGUGUGCUAAACCAGGACAGAUUGCAUUGGUAUUCAGUGAUGGGCCUGUGCAAAGCAGUCCGGAACUUCUGCAAACCUUAUCUGAUGAAUCUAUUACAGCAACAUUUAUGUUCUCUACUGUUAAUAUUGACCACUCUGGUGUGGCAGAUAUAAUCAAACAGGCUGUAGAUGAUGGGCACACAGUUGGUCUCAGAACUAACCCAAUAUAUGACUUUAGUGAAAUGGAUAGUGAAGAAAUAAAAGAAGCAAUUGUAGGUGAGCUGAACGUACUUGAUGAAUUAGCAGGUCAGAAGACUAAAUACAUUGCUAUUAAUCAGCCAGAUGUAACCAACCAGACAGUUCUUGAAGUGAUUGAUGAUUUAGACUUGGUUCUGAUUAAUUACAACUAUGAUAUGUACGGAACAGACGAUGAUCCAGAUGAUAUGAUUAACAGAUGGAAAUUGAAGUUAAAGUCUGUAAGACCACAGUCAUCCUCAUACAUUGUACUGCAACAUGACCAAAGAGAGUCUGAGCUGGGAAUAGUCCCUGAUGUGGUUGAUAUGGGAGGUGCAGCAGGUUAUUCAUUUGUUAACAUUGAUGACUGUCUCUCUGGUGUGGAUAUGAACGGACCAGCUGGAUCCUCAGGGGAUGCUGGUGAUAGAACAGAAAGAACAGGAACUGACAGAAAAAACAGCGCAUUCUCUCCUCUUGUUCUUAUGGGAUGCAUGGCAGGUGCUCUUGCUCUAUAAAUAGUACGCUGGUGUUAAAUAAUCUGAAAUAAAUGAAUAUGAG